UGUUACCAGAUAGCAAUGAUUACCUCAACUUCCAAGGGUCGGACAAGCAGAGCAGAGCAGAGCGGAGAAGAAGGUAAAGUGAAGUCUGGAAGAUGGGAGCAGAGCAGGCACUGAAGAGAAUUCCACGCAUUAAAUUCCCUCAAAGACACCCGAAACCCUCUGCCUCAGGUUGUGUGUCUGAAACGCAAGCAAGACCCAAAGAUGGGAACAUCAUCGAUAGAUUCAUUACAAGGUCAAGGUCAGAUGUUCCAGCACCACCCAUCAACACUGCUGUAGGAGGAAAAGCAUCUCUUCUCCCAAAACGUACACCUGUCUCUGAGAGGGAAAUAGAGGCUAUUCUGUUGGGGGGCUGCUUCUGACUUUUCAGAGGACAAGCCUCAUCAAGCAACGCAAUCAAUCUGGUCUAUUAUCUUCCUUUGUUGUGCCGUGAAACAGAUUUUCAGAAUGUAACUACUAAUGUGUUAAAAGACUUGCGAACUGGGAUGGAGAGAUCUCCGAUCAUCUUUAUGAGCCGUCAUGGGUGAGAGUACAUUCUCAGUCAAAUAAUAUGUACAAGGAAUUUCUGUUUCGUCAAUAGGCAAUGUCGGGUUUAGUCUUGUCGCAAUU